CUUUGAUCCUGUUUGCAAAUAUGCGUGCUACAUGAAUCAUCUAUAUACUCAACCUCAACUCCGGAAAUUCUCUCUCACGGAAUGUCUUCCAUCAUAGAUGGUUGGAACGGUGGGGAAAAUGUUCGCUUCUCUUGACGACGCGUCGUGGUAUCACGGUCGAAUCACACGGGAUCAAGCGAUUGAAAUCUUGCUUCAGAAUGGCAGACAAGAGGGACUGUUCCUUGUCAGAAAUAAAGCUGGUGGAUCUGAAGACAACUUUGUUUUGUCCCUAUGGCAUGGAAAUCAGGCGCUUCAUUUUCAAAUACAGUCUCGCGGAGGGAUUUAUUAUUCCAUAGACGAUGGACCGAGUUUUGAGGGUUUGGAUUCGCUGAUCGAAUACUACAGAGAACAGGCGGACGGUCUACCGAUUAGACUUACUCAGUUUUGUCAGGGGAAUCCGCCCCCUGCUUCAUGUAGAAAACAUGGAGUGACAACUCCACUUCAUCUUGCUUGUGCAGAGGGUAAUUUCAAACUCGUAUUGGGUUUGCUUACUGGACAGAAUCAAUCUGACAUUACUACAAGGAACGAAAAUGGCGUAACGCCACUUCACGAAGCUGCGCUUCGUGGAGAUGAAGAUAUUGUCUCAAUCUUGUUAAGACAUGGUGCUGACACAAAGAGCAAAGACGAUGGUGGAAACACGCCGCUACAGGUUCAGUAUUUCAUCUUCACAAAGAUAUUCUGCUUUGAAUAUUUGCCUUUAGAUAACCGGGCUUCGAAUUUCGAUUUCUAAUUAUACUUCCUGCUUAAGAUUCUCCGAACUGAUAUGAGCGUAAUUUCACGAUAUUUAAACAAAAUUUUUAUUAGAACGAUAUAUUUAUUUAAACGAUAUUCGCCAAGUUUGUUCAAAGUACACGUCUUUUGCUUGAUCUGAGGGUUAAAUCUGGCAUUUUGGUUAAUUCCUUAAUACAACUUAGUUAGAUCAAAGAUCUAAACGUGAUUAAAUUCCAGUGUAGGUUAUUAAGGCUUAUCUGUUAUUUGAAUGAAUGAAUCUGUGAUGUUUUAAGGUCAUAACAGGUCAAUUAUUUUGUCUGAUGUGAUCAUCGCUCAUACCAUGAAAUUCCACUCAACCAGAAAACGACUUAAAAUAGCUUAGGAGAUGAGAGCUUCAUACCCUUCCCUCUUCCUUCCACCACAUUUAUUUAUAGAGACAAAUGAUCAAACAGUUUUAUGUAGAGAUGCUUUCAUUUUUAUUCCUGAUCUUCCAAUCCAAUUUGUGUACAUAAAGUGAUUUGAUACUUGCAGAAGGAAUGCAUAACUUUCCUCUAAACAUUUUCUAUGAAAAUUAUGUUUGCCAUCAGCAUGUCAUGGCAAGGAGAAAAAGAGUUUGGUUGUUAGAUUUGCAGAGAAAUGUGGAGACCAAGAUCUGAUUGUUACCGUAAUUUCCUACCGAUUACCCUUGUUAAUUUUCCCACAAACAGUUGUUGGUGUGGGUUUUAAGAAGGUGCAAGUAAUAUGAUAAUUUUUAAAGCUUCUGGUGUAGUUUAAAACCUAUAAGCAAGAAAAAAAUAGAGAUGAUAAGGUCCACUCAAGAUAGUCUUAAAAAACCUGUGCAAUAACUAAUUUAUUUUGUGUAGAUUGCUCAUUAUAAUAGGAGACUUUAAUGCAUGUGAUAAAAGCCCAUGCAAAUCAAAAACGUACGAAACCCGAUAAGAGAGCUUUUAUCUUGUUUGUACUCUUAUUUUCUUACCUUGUCAAUUUCACAGCUUGUUUCUCUCUUAGGUUUAAAAUAAAUUCUCACAUACACAGGUAGUGAACUUGGAAAUACAAGAAUUUAAUUGUGAAAAAGCUGGCUUCAGAGCAAUUCACACAGAAAAUGCUGACGUGUUCAUUUCGUGGUGCCGCAUAAUUAAUAGCGCAACAGAAUAUUUGACGCAUCAGUGAAAUUUUCUUAGCUAGCACUGUCUUGAGUUAAAGAGUAUUUUCCUGUUUCAAGUGAUUUCUUCGACUCAGUAGAUCUUGAGAUAUCAAUUUUUUUUAGAACAGAUUUUUACAAGUGGUAUCAUUUUCAAUGAAACAGCAAAGACAAAAAGUGUGAAAAUUUAUCAAUUGCACACAAAAGAUUUCAUGUCCACAAAAACUAUGAAGGAACUUUGUGUAAAACAAGGAUUUUCUUUUGUUUUUGGGUGCGGGUUAUCUGCUAGUGCGGGUUAUCUGCUAGUGUGGGUAAUCUGUUGGAAUUUGUUUCUCAGUAUUGUAAAAAUUGACCGAUGCGGGUAAAUGGACGGAAAUUACGGUAAUUCUCCCCCCUAGCUAUGACACAUUUCCUUGUAAAUUAGUUAUGAGAAUCUGGUGCUAGAUCAAAAUAACCACUUCUACCUGGGAAGUUUGAUUAUUCUCAAACCUGUUUGCUACAUGAAGCAUGGAUUUGAUAGGGGAAGUUACAUGUUAAUCCCUUCUGAGAAUUUAGAGGAUUAACAGGCUGUGAAGUUUUAAUUACUUAAUGGUGUCUAUAGUCUAAAAACAUUUGCACAUGUGGCAUUUGGGAUAUGGUAGGUCAUGUACCAAUUUAUAUCAUUUUACGGUGAUGUUGUGGCAAGUAUGUAAUUUCUUUAUUUCUUUCAAAUAGCCCUUAUAUUUCCACACUCGUCAAUUUACAUGUACUCUUUUCAUUUUUCAAUGUAUCAUUUCUACACCAUUAUUUUCACACUUAAUGUAAAUUAUGCAGCCCUUUAUCUAUCAUGUUUCACACCCUUUUUGCAUUGUGUGUCUUAUUUUGCAUGGAGGUAAACUUUUCCUUGGAAUGUUUCAUGUCUUGUAUAUAGCUUCAGUGUUUGUUAAGUUUUUUGUCUCAUGGUAUCUUCCCAUUUAUUAUCAUGUUUCACACCCUUUUUACAUUGUGUGUCUUAUUUUGCAUGGAGGUAAACUUUUCCUUGGAAUGUUUCAUGUCUUGUAUAUAGCUUCAGUGUUUGUUAAGUUUUUUGUCUCAUGGUAUCUUCCCAUUUAUUUUUCCCAUUUUUCCUUGUAUGUUUGUACAUUCUUGUAAAAGUCACCUUUCUGUUCCUAAAGAAUAUCCUUCUUCACAUGCUUAUUAAACAAUAGUUAAAUUGAAUGCUUAGUAGACUUAUUUGCCCCCUGCAUAUAAAUUUGGUUAAAGUUGAACUUGGAUUCAUGGUGAUUCAUUUUUUCAUUUCUCUCAGGUGGCUUGCUAUGGAGGAUUUGCAACAAUUUGCUCCACACUCAUAACAGAAGGUAAAGCCGAUGUUCAGGAUCGCUCUCCUGUAACUGGCUUUGUGGCCCUUCACAUAGCAGCCGUAAAAGGUUAUGAUGAUUGCUUGAAAGUUCUACUGGAGCUUGGAGCUCCACUUCACCCUCGAUCAACAGAAGGAGACACACCCAGAGACCUUGCAAUUAAAUAUGAUCAUUUGCAUAUUGCAGAAAUAAUUGAUAAUUAUCCUGUGCAGCCUCCAAAGACUUUGCCGAGGAUGUGGUUACAUGAAAAUUUAGGUAGACAGGUAAGUGUUUUCUGUUUGUGUUCUUGUUUCUCGCCCCAUGAUAACUUAAUUUUUUUUAACGUAUUUCAUUAUAAAGCCUAAGAGCAUGAGCAAUUAUUGGAUGAUAUUGGGCAAGAUAUUGCAGAUUUUUUUGUAUUGAGCAGACAAUAUACUUACAUACUGAAUUUCUGUUAUUGCUAGGAAGCCAUUGCACUAUUUAAAAAAUUUGGAUUAGUUGAUGGGUUGUUUCUUGUGCGGUUGAGCACUCGUGACCAUGGAUAUUAUGUACUCUCAGUUGCUGUCAACAGUUUGAUUUACCAUUAUCAGAUACGAAGCAGGGUGAGUACCCUACACAGUAUUUCAAGAAAGAAAUGAUCCUAUCUGGUGGAAUUAAAUUUUAGUAAUUGUCUAACUAGUAUCUGGGAAGCACAGGUUUGAAUCCUGUCAAAGCCUUAAUUUGUUCUGGCUUUUCUUCUGCAAUUGCUAAAAUUGUAGUCUAUGUGUAAAGAUCAUUUCUUUGCUUCAUUUUCAUUUGAAGGUUGAAUGAAAUUGAUUUCAUUACAAGUUGUAAAGAAUUUCAUUUUACAUCAAAAUCACACAGCAGUUUACAAUUUCUACAAAUGGUCUCUCUGUAAAACCCCAUGUUGCAACCCAUUAUGAACGCACCUUUUGACCCUGCUUACUUCUUAUAGCUUUGAUGUUUGACAAUGAAUAAAAAUAAGUUUAGUUCUUAGCCUCCCUACAAAUUUGCACCUCAGUAGUACCUCUAAAUGGGACCAUACUGUUAUUAUAUCCACCCAAUACUUGUAUGUUACUCAACUUUUGUGUUGAGCAAAUGUCCAGUGUUUCCUUAUUUUACUACCUUGCUAUUUGAACUGUUUAUUGAUGUGGAUCUUAUUUUAGCACCCUGUUGAUACAACUAAUGGAAUGAGUACAAUAAGAGUGGAACCCUAUGAUCACUCUAAGUUGUGAGGCCUUUCUGCUUCAAGGAAUUCCAGUUUGAUUCUACCCAUACAAAUAUGUACAGAAGGGAAUUGUUAGUAAAUCUCUGCAAAUAAGCCAAGUGUUUUAUUCUUGGGUAUUAUGAAUGAUAACAAUAAUAAUAAUUAUAACAAUGACCCACACACAGAAGAGCUUGAUUCCAGAAGUUCAGAUUCAAAGACUAGCACAUUUGCAGGAUUCUUUGUAUUCUGCAAUUCAAUUAGCUCGUAAAAAUAAACAUAUUUAACCAUUAAACUCCCAGGAUCUGAUUGCUAAUUCUCCCCUCUAGCUGUUACACACUUCCUUGUAAAUUAGUUACAAGAAAUUGAUGUUAGAUCAGGAUGAAAACUUCUUCCUGAUAAGUUUGUGUAAUCUCAUUACCUGUUUGCUGAAUAAUGUAUGGAUAUCUUAGGGAGAAGUUGAAUGUUAAUUACUUCAAGGAGGUAACGGGUUAAGAGGAAAAGAAAAUGGUGGUGGCUAAUGUCUUUUGGAUUAAAAAGGUUUCAUGAGUGUAAUGAGGUUCAGAAAACCACCAACAGUUUGAUUUGUACAGAAAAUUCAUUUUGUAUUAACUGAUCACAAUUAACCCUUUAACUCCCAUGAGUGACCAAGACAGAAUUUCUCCUUACAAUAUCAAUACAAUAUCAACCAGAUAAGUGAUGAGAAAAAAGAAAAAAAUAGCAAUUUGGGGAUUAUUAGGUGAUCCAAUGCCAAAUUCUCCAAACUAACAUCACAAGAACUUUAUGAGAGAUAGUAAGGAGAAUUAUUAAUGAGAUCUUGGGAGUUAAAGGGUUAAGAUGAGAACAUGCAGGCAUCCCUUAAACCUACAAACUUAUUACUAAAAUUGCUAUUUGCAGUAUAGUCUUCUUAUGUCUGAUUGACUUUUCCUUUCUAGUGUUCAUGGUUUUCUGAUAUUCACAAUAGGUUGAGUGAAAUUGAUUGGAUAGCCUUCAUUGUAGCUCACCUAGCUGAUGUAGUCCAAAUUUAUAUGCUAGCCAUCCAAUUUGAAAUUUAAUUUGAACCCUGGACACCCUAACAUCAGUAUCCAUAUUCUCCAUACUGUUCUCUAUACAUUCCCUAAGGUGCUGACAAGGAGAAUUUCUUUAGCAAUUGAAAGCUUCACUAGCUGGUGAUCAUUUCCUUUAUUCUCAUGAUCUCAAUGUGUGAUUCUGGGGUGAUAUUGUGAGGAGAAUUUGGAUGCUAGUCACUGUUAGGGGUCAUAGGGUUAUUAAUUAUGCAGAUACCCUCUUUUUUAAACUAACAUGCAGCUAACUCUGAAAUCUCUGCUCAUGAAGUCUGAUAGGUGGUUCUACAUUGAUGAUGGCCCACUUUUUGAAACCCUGCCACAUGUUAUUGACCACUACAGUAGAUGUGCAGAUGGACUUCCUGUCCUUCUUAAGAUGGCUCUGCCUCCAGACGGCAACCCACCAAUUGAUAUUCAUAAGAUUCCAAUACCACCUGUAAGGAAGCGAGUACUUUUAACACCUGCUGUGAGCUCCCCUGUGCUUAAUACUUCAAGUGGUAGAUCCAUACCUGGAAGGAAUCCACUCCAAAGGGCUGGCUCAGCUGUAAGUGUAUUUUUGAUUAUUUAUUUUUUUUAACUUUUAUGGUGCAAAAGAGAACAACUGUAACAACUUAAACAACUAAGCAAUUGGAAAAUGUCUUUCAACAUAACCCAAAGUUUUUUUUGUUGUACAAUUUACAGUUUCAAUAGCUCAAAAAGCUUGGGAAGAAGAGGGCUUUCAAAUGCCUAGUGCUUGAAGCCUUCUUGUGAAAAACUUGGACAUACUCUUGCUUACUGGUAGCCUUGAAGGCAAUUUGUCCCUGAAGACAAAUGACCCAAAUUAUAAACUUGGGCCCCUACAGAGCACCUAGGAAAUCAAUGGCUGGAAAUUUGCUGCAGAGUUGAUAUCCUCCUAAUCAGACCAUGGACUUGAGUGUGGUCCUGCUUAAUCCUUUAACUCCCAAGAUCUCAUUAGUAAUUCUCCUUACUGUCUGCCAAACAAUUCUCAUUAUGUUAGUUUGAAGAAUUUGGUGUCAAAUCAAUUAGUAACCCCCCAAUUGAUAUUCUUCUUUAUUCUCAUCACUUGUCUGCUUGAUUUUGUACAGAUAUAGUAAGGAGAAAUUUUGUUUUGGUCACUCAUGGGAGUUAGAGGGUUGAAGAGCCACCCUUAAGUAAUCACGACCGGCAUAGAGGGGGAAAUUUAAGAAGACAUAUGCCAUCCUGACAAAGAUAGCUUCUAAGAAGUGUUAUGGAUUAGUUUUUGACUCUACAAUCAUGAUGUUCAUAUUAUUUUCAAUUUCCUUUGUUUUAUUUCUGGUUGAUAUAAGGAAACCCUUCAUGCUGACCAAAGUCCUCAAAGGAGGCAACCUCCAGUGUUACAGAGAUCCAUAAGUGAUGCCAAUCCUCCAGGCAUCAGCAAUGGAGAAAAUUUAGGUAAACCAGAAGAUAGACAACUUCUACCUCUUCCAACAAAACCUCCUCCUAGAGGGCAACGACGGCCUCCCCCACCUCUACCACAGAAUCCCAAUCCCACAAGUCCAGCCCAACCAAGUGUUCCUGUUCUACAAAGUUCUGCAAAAUUAAAUACUGUGGCAACCUCGCAAGGUUUGUGACUCAGUUUUAUACUUGAUUGUGACUUGAAGCUCAAGCAUACAAGGCAAGCACUGUUAUAGAGUGAAUUGUAAUAUUUUAUAGUUGUGUGGGGGGGGGGGAGGGGAAUUAUGUUACCUUGAGUUGUUAAGUUGGUGGCAAAUGUGAUAGAAAUCUUUUCGGAAGCUUUUUGAACUUUUUGAAAUCAUAUUACAUCAAUGAUACAAAGCACCAUCAGCUUUCCACCAAAAAAAAAAAUGAUUACUUUGCUAAGAGGUUUUUUGGUCCAAGUAGUUUUGAGGUAAUCCUAGUUUCCUUUGUAUGGAGCAAUUAGAUGCACUUUUUGGAUCAUUAUCAGUAUCUGGGCAACUGCUCACCUACCCCUCCCCUAACUCAACAACAGUCAAUUGAUAUCAAUUUAGGGUUAGUGUUGGGUUAGGGGAGGGGUAGGUAGGCAGUUGCCCAGAUACUGAUAUUGAUCCUACUUUUUAUCAUCAAGGUUACCUCAGAGUUAGCUGGAUGGCAUGGUUUUAAACUCAAGGGGGGAGAUGAGCAUUGUCAGAGAAAUGGGUAUCGCAAAAACAUAGUUCAAGGCCUUUAGCUGGAAGAUAAAGCCAGAUUUCUACAUCCAUCACACACACGUAACUCUUGACCACUGCAUCUCCUUGUUUUAUACCAUGCAUUCACUCAAUCAUCAUUUCUCUUGUUUUGUUACCAAGGUCCUAUGCAGUCCACAUUGAUCAUGAAACAAUCCUUGGAACUUGGAGCUGAGCUUGGCCAGGGAGAGUUUGGUUCUGUUUUGAAAGGCAUAUGGACAGACCCCAAAGGAAACAAGGUGAGAAGGAGUAUGUGACAUGACCUUGUACUUUGUUUGAGUCAAUAUCUAAAAUGGCUCUACACUAGCUGUCAUGAAUAGCAGUGGUCCUGAAUUUUCCCUGCUUCAACCCCUCUGCUGUACCCCUUUUCCCUACCUCCAUUUCUCCAUUCCUCCAUUCCUCCAUUCCUCCAUUCCUCCAAUUCCUCCAUUUCCUCCAUUUCCUCCAUUUCCUCUUUAUGUUGUCCCUACCUAAAAAGCCAUCAAUGGUCCCUGCCUUUCUGUCCCAUGUCCCUUUCAAAUUUGGUCUCAUGACGGUUACAUAAGAACCCAUUUGUUUCAGGUUUCUUGCUCCAAACUAUUUAUCCCAUGAAUUCACACAGUUAACCCUUUCACUCCCAAGAUCUGAUUAGUAAUUCUCCUUACUAUCUGCCAUACAAUUCUUAUGAUGUUAGUUCAGAGAAUUUGGUAUUGGAUCAACUAAUAAUCCCAUGAUUGAUAUUCUUCUCUAUUCUCAUCACCUGCCUGCUUGAUAUUGUAUUGAUAUUGUAAGGAGAAAUUCUGUCUUGGUCACUUGUGGGAGUGAAAGGGUUAACUCCCUUAACCAUUUAACUCCCACGAUCUGAUUGUUAAUUCUCCCUACUAGCUGCCAUACAUUUCCCUUGCCGUGAGGAGAAAUUAGAUGUAAGUCACUCCUAGGGUUUGAAAGGUCAAAACAGGGAGAAAGUUAAUUUCUAACUAACAUUUAGUAUUGUUUAUCAAAGACACUUUCUUUUUAAUUUGCGACUUUUUAAUGCAAGGCAAAUUUUACUCUGGUCACAAAUGGGCCUCAAUUCACUUUACAGGUUCCAGUGGCAUUGAAAACGUUACAUCCAGAAAAAAUUGCAUACGGAGAGCAGGUAAGAUGUGUUUUGAAGCUUUCUGUUUCUAUAUGUAUUUUUUUUCAAAUUAGUUCUUGAGUUAAGUUUUUUCAAUCAAUUGAAAUCUUCUUUGUAUAGUAGCUUUAAACUACAAGAAGCUGUCCUUUUUGGAAAAGGCCGUCGCGUGAGUCCAAAAAAUUAAAGCAAAAAAAUGUUGGGAUGCCACGCAGAGUUCCGUUGAGUUUCGUGGAGCACGCUAAUGCCUCUUUUUUGGGGCUGAUUUUUUUUACUCGCGCGACGGACUUUGCCGAAAAGGAGGGACUACCUGUAGUCUGAUGUGGCUUUAUACACGAUGAUUGUAGUAAUGAUAAUGAUAUAAUUUCUGUCGUCAUUGUAUAAUAGGCCAACUAGCAUUUGCAAUCUGAGGUAAAUCUUGAGGCAAAUGCAUUUGCUUGCAGGAGUUUUUACGCGAGGCACGAAUUAUGUCAGGACUGGAUCACCCAUGCAUUGUAAGACUGAUCGGAGUUUGUCUCGGACCUCCUCUGAUCUUGGUGAGUGUCGUCCUGUCUCUUUUGUAAUCGUCAUGAAGUAUGUUCGUCCUGUUGAAAGAAGAUUGCAUGACAUCCUUAGCGUCAGUAAUUAACGCUAAUUUUUUCAGGAAAACUUUCAAAGCGUUUUACGAAGUAGUAUAGAAGAGAGAUGAUAUUCGAUUUUUUUUCUCAAUGUAUUACGCUUUUACUUCUUAUUAUUAAACAGAGAAGAGCCACUUAUAGAAUUUUUAAAAAAAAACUAUUAUUAGCAUUAUUAUUGUUAGAUUACAGUAGUGAAUUUUGCUCCAUCCUCGCUCAAAAUGUUUGAUCUAUCUCUUUAUUUAGCAAGCGCGCUCGGAAUCUCCUCGCAGCACACUUUGCUGAUCUUAGCAGCGUGCAUAUAAACCCAGUAUAUUGCCAAACUCACCAAAGAAUUAUCUGCAGCUCAGUUGUUAGAGCAGUUGAUUGUGAAUCAGAGUUUUUGAGUCAGUUUCGUUCUCAGGGUCACUCUUCUCUUCGUAACCCCUUUUAUCUCUCUUUCACGCUCUAUGGGAACGAGGCCCUGGGACCAAGGUUAUAUGGGACUUGUGUUUUUCUUCGACGCCCGCUCACGUUACCACUGCUACGCCAUGAAUGAAUAGUGGAAGUUUUUAAGGAAAAGUAAAGUAAAUCCGCGUGAAAUCGCAUCUUUCGCUGUUUCACAGGUCCAAGAGUUAGUGAAGAUGGGAGCUUUACUGGACUUCCUAAUCGACUACCAAUCAGAAAUUUCCCAAAGGGACCUUAAAUUGUGGGCAGCUCAGAUAGCGUGGGGUAUGAUGUACCUGGAAAAGAAGCGCUUCGUUCAUAGGGACCUGGCAACAAGGAACAUCCUCAUGUCUACCAAACAACAGGUAAGGAAAGGACUGUAUAUUGUCGUGUUAUAUUGUGGUGUUGAAGCCUAAGCUCUCCUCAAGCUUAGCUAUGUACCCGUGAUCUGAUGGAGGAUUUUCCUGGUAUCAUGUGCAAGUUUCUUGCUGUUUGCUUUCUCUGUGGUCAGUAUAUGUUAUUUUUGGAGUGUGACAAAUUACAAAAGACUCUAGAAACGCAGAGGCUAUAAUAUCAUUCAAAUUAUAAGAAAGACGGAGAAUGGAGCGAUAACGACUUUGAUGGAUCUUGUGUCGGAUCUUGCUUUGAAUUUGUAGGCAAAAAACCUACCCAUUACUUCAGCAAAUACUUUAGAAGCACUUUUUAUCAGAACUCUUCUUGUGAGGAAGUAAACAUGGAUUGAGUAGCUGAUUGUUGUAAAAGCGUCCGUAUCCAUGUGCACCUCACCUGAAGUCUCUUUCUGAACUUUUUAAUGUGUCUUUUUUUCUCCUUGGUAUUCUCCUUAGGUAAAAAUUAGUGAUUUCGGUCUGUCUCGUGCUACUGGCUCGGGAAGCGACUACUACAAAGCUUCACAAGGUGGCCGCUGGCCAGUUAAGUGGUGGGUUUGCCUUCGUUUACUCUGAGAUAAGAGUUUGUGUAAGUGUGUCUGUUUUAGUGUAGCUAAGGGGCGUUUGCGACACGAAUUACUUCUGUACGCAAUCGCCGAUUAAUCGGCGACUAAGCGUCGGAAGGGAAGCUCGUGGAAUUCGAAUCACACGAAAAAAAGAUCUCGUUUGUCUUUCUCAACUCACAAGCUUAACGCUUUAACUCCUAGAGGUGAUUAACAAGUAACUUCUCCCUACGAUAUUCGUACGUCAUCCAGCUAACAGGUAAUGAGAAUACACAAACUUACCAGGUAGAAGUUAUCAUCAUGAUGUAACACAAAAUUCUGGUGACAAAUUUACGAGGAAAUGUAUAACAAAUAGAGGGGAGAAUUAACAAUCAGAUCUUGUGAGUUGAAGUGUUAAAUUGAACCCAUAACUGACAAACUUUUCUUAGGUAUGCACCGGAAUCUAUCAACUUCGGAACGUUCUCGCAUCAGAGUGACGUCUGGAGCUAUGGUGUGACACUGUGGGAGAUGUACUCGUUUGGUCAGUUACCAUAUGGUGAGAUGUCAGGGGGUGAGGUGAGUGAAAGUUUUUAAAGAUGCUAUUUCAUCGGUUGGGGGUCUUCAAAAUGUAAGGGUUGAUUCAUCAAGAAACUAAAAGUUGUUUUUUCUGAGAUUCUUUUUAGCAGGUGUAUUUCCUUUUUUGAACCGAAGUUUCUGCCUGUUGUAGUGGUUUUCUUCCUUUUUGAAACAAUAGAGUUUUUUCAGGCCUGUUUUGCCCGACUGGUUUUUAGUGCCUCGGGUCAAAAAAUGAAACAAUAUGGCGGAUCUUAUUCAUUCUCAAGAACAUAAACUUUAUGAUCACAAAUCCGAAGAACAGACCACUCUUAAUUUUUUGGGAGGGUUGAAGUUACAGAGACACGAUUACAUUUGUCAAGCUGGUUAUUUGCCAUCCUGCAUUAUACAUGUUCCAGAUGGGUUAUUCUUUACAGACGGUUACGCUUAGGGGUCUUUUUCGCAGUGGCGAAAUGGGUUGACUCAGUUGCCGAUGUCUCCCUGAUCAGCUCAUGACAAAGCUGAAAAUUUUUAUUUGGCAUUCCAUGGAAUUGCUGCUAAAUCUUUUUUGAGUGAAAUUUUCUUUCCGCUUCAGGUAAUACGUAUGUUGGAGGAAGACAACAAUCGGCUUGAAAGACCUGACGCAUGCCCAGAACAGACCUAUUCACUGAUGCUCCAAUGCUGGGAUCUAAAGCCGGAGAAGAGACCAACGUUUGCAGAGCUGCACAAUAUUUUCAGCACAAAUCCCUUUUACGCCGAUGUAAAGCUGCCUUUAAAAGAUAAAUCCACAAGCUAA